AUGGGUGCCAUUGGUCUCAGAUUAUCUCUGCUAGGUCUCAGGAGUGCUAGAAUACAACCUUUCAGACCAUCCUCAGCUUUCCGUCAGCCUCCGCCAUCGUACUUUCUCAUCCAUCAACUCCGAUCAGCUUCCUCCAAGCCGCCCCUUGAUCCCAAGGCUCUCCGCUCAAGUACAGAGCCCACUUCUACCAAUACUAGUUCGACGGGAUCCGCGAAGAAGGGCAAGAGUGACAAGCUAUCUAAUCCCGAAUCAAACCGGUCUCCGCCCAACAACAAACCCGUUGCAAAAAAUCAUUCAGAUCAAUCAAAGCCUAAAUCUGUAUCUCAAGAAUCAUCUUCCUCUGGCCACACCAAACCAAAGUCUCCCCGAUCGAGCCCGGAUGCACUCUCAUCAAAACAUCCCGAACUUCCCAUGGAGACACCCUCCUCGACCCUUGCCGCCGAGAUGCUCCAGGUAACAUCCGACCUACCCCCGCCACCACCAGGAAGAACCGGCGCAAAAUCCAAACUGGAUGGCAAGAGACCACUCUCAUCAACCGAUCAACGCCGGCAGCUAGUCACUCGCCUGUUCGGUUCAUUGAUUCUCACCCUAACUGGUAUCUGGGCCUGGAAUCAGGGCCGAGAGUGGGACAAUGAAGCCGAAAAACGGAUGCUCGGGAAGGAUGAGGACGGCACUCGUUCAUCGAGGUUCCAGGCUCGUCUAUUCGACCUGUUUGAUUACUUCAAUAAACCCGCAUGGAAUCCACUCUUGCCAGCCCCACUACCGGAACCACAUGGACGGCCUUACACCCUUCUUGUAGAUCUAGAUGAUCUGCUAGUACACUCAAGUUGGGAUCGUGAACAUGGCUGGAGAACGGCGAAACGGCCAGGUGUGGAUUAUUUCUUGAGCUACUUAUCUCAGCUGUACGAGAUCGUAAUCUUCACGACACAGCCAGCUUAUACCGCAGCGCCGAUAUGUGAAAAGCUAGAUCCCUAUGGCUAUUGUGCUCCAUAUAAAUUAUUUAAAGAGAGUUGCCGGACUAAAGGGAUUAUCAAACCGCAGUUGAUAAAGGAUUUGGAUUAUCUCGGUCGAGACUUGAGGAAAGUGGUCUACGUUGAGACUGAUCCAAGCCUCGUCCAAUUACACCCGACCAAUGGGUUUUUGAUUCCCAAAUGGAACGGAGAUCCGCAAGACACUGGCCUGGUCGAUUUGAUUCCACUCCUAGAGGCCAUCGUGUUCAAUGCGGUUGGCGAUGUCCGCGACGUCGCGAGGGCUUAUCAAGGACGGGAUCCUGUUCGGGCUUAUGCUGAGUCGGAGGCUAGACAGAAAAAGGAACUCCUGUUGGAAUGGCAUGAAGAGCAGGAGAAACGCAAAUCGAGAUUCCAUAUCGAUCUUCGUCAACUAUUCGGAUUGAGCUCGGCCAAUGCGAAUGAGACACCCCAACUAUUAGUAGAAAAAGACAGGGCUCGAGCUCAGCAGGCAUACGUAGAAGAACAAAAGUACUGGAAAGAAAACGAGAGCACGUUCAAGAAAUUGAUGGAAGAAGAUAGAGAGCGACAGAUGGCCGAAAUGAAAGGCAGCUUGUUAAGCUUCUUGGCUGGCCAGGUCGGCCCUCCUCCACCACCAACAACAAAUCCAACCCCAGAAAAUCAGCAAGAUCAGCCCGAAAAGUCAUCUGCCCCAUCCGCAUGA